AUGGCCACCCCGAACUACAAGGAGCUGAAACUGCAAUCGCCGGCUGGUGCGGAACCAUUCCUGUACAACUGGCCGUUUUCGAUCGGUACGGGGCACGAUUCGGGCAUCGAACUGAUCGAAAAUGUGCGGUGGGUAUGCGAGGACAUGCCCGAAAUCAAAUCGGCUAUUGAGGAAAUCGAUCUGAACAAACUCGACACGGGUGAUUACGAUGCGAUGAAGAACCUGUGCGAUCGUUUCAAUCGAGCGAUCGAUAGUGUAGCAGCACUGGAAAAGGGUACAUCACUGUCAAACCAACGGUUCACCUAUCCUUCUCGGGGGCUGCUGAAGCACAUCAUACAGCAAGUGUACAACCAGGCAGUGGUGGAACCGGAGAAGCUAAACCAGUACGAACCAUUCUCGCCGGAGGUGUACGGUGAAACGUCAUUCGAUCUGAUCUGUCAGAUGAUCGAUCAGGUGAAGAUCACAGCGGACGAUGUGUUCGUCGAUCUGGGGUCGGGUGUCGGACAGGUCGUGCUGCAGAUGGCUGCCUCAACACCGGUCAAGGUGUGCUUCGGGAUCGAGAAAGCGGACGUACCGUCCAAGUACGCCGAGGGUAUGAACACGACGUUCAAACUGUGGAUGCGUUGGUUCGGCAAGAAGUACGGUGAUUACGAGCUGAUUAAGGGAGACUUUCUUGUGGAUGAGCACCGGGAGAAAAUCACCUCGGCCACGAUUGUGUUUGUGAAUAAUUUUGCAUUCGGUCCUAAUGUUGAUCAUCAGCUAAAGGAACGGUUUGCUGACUUGCGGGAUGGUGCACGUAUCGUUUCGUCCAAGAGUUUCUGUCCGUUGAACUUUCGCAUCACGGAUCGUAAUCUCAGUGACAUCGGUACGAUUAUGCAUGUGAGUGAAAUGAGCCCGCUUAGGGGAUCGGUAUCCUGGACGGGUAAACCGGUCUCGUACUAUCUGCACAUAAUUGACCGCACGAAGCUGGAGCGUUACUUUCAACGGCUGAAAACGAAGGGCACGGAAAACCAUAACGAUGGUACAAGUGGCGGUGGAAGCGGUUCACAUUCGACAAGAUCGUCUCGGUCUCGCAAGGAUCAGAGCAAUCACCAUCCUAAGACGAUCACGAACGAUGACAGUACGUCGGAAAGCGAUACGGAUGUUGUGGGACCGACGACGCGUAAAGCGUGGUCGGAUUGGAACAGUGGCAAAGAAUGCAAGACAAGUCCGUCCGAGGAAGAGAACAACAAUUCGCCGGUUCUGCGAAAUGGGCGAAUACCGGUGGCCACUAAAAAGCGUCGUAAGAUUACCCGUACUAAGGCACCGGGUAAGAAAUCAGAACUGGCAGCAGCUACUGCGGCAGCCAAUCGUGAAAUGGGCGUUGGUACUUCGGCGUCCGCGGCUGCAGCAGCGGCCGCAGCAGCAAUGGUUGGUGGGAAGAAACGAGGCCGUGUUAAGGGUAAAGGGCGCCAACGACGGCCGCUCAAUAUUGCCGGUCUGGAUUUGCUCCAUAAUGAGACGCUGCUGAGCACAUCGGACCAGAUGAUAGGCAAACGGUUGCCACCGGCACCUGGAUGCGUGGAUCAGCAACUUACCUCACUGGCGGGUGAUAUGCAGCACAACGAGCUGGACAUCCCUGAUGCACCGUCAGAGACCCCAUACGCUCUACAAAUAUUGCUCGAUUUAUACAAGGCCCAAUUUAUGAAGACCAUCGAAGCGAUGCGUAAACCAUCAUAUAGGGACAACGUUCAGCAGCAGUUUGAUCGCGAGAAGGAACGCAACCAGUGGCUAAUGAAUCGGGCCGGCCAGCUCGAGAAGCAGAUCAAGGUGCUGAUUGAUGACAGUGUGGCACUGUUGAAGGCCCGCAUGAACGAACUGGGCAUCAGCACGACCAGCCAAAACGAUUUGUUAUGCAAGGCAAAGGAAAUCGUUGGACGACAUAAGGAGCUUCAGGUGAUGGCGGCCAAACUGCAGAAUCAAGUAAAUGUGAUUGAACAAGAGCAGAAGCGUUUGGUGAUGCAACAUAUUUCAAAGCUUACUACUGAACAGCAACAACAGCACCAGCAUCAACAGCAGCAGCUCCAUUCGCACCAGCCCUACAUCAAGGUAGAGGACGCUGAACUAACAUCGUCCAGCUCGAGCGAACUGGUACUGAAAGCGAUUGCAAGUACGCUAACCCAACGCAAGAAGCUUUAUGCGCAGGUUUCGAAUCUUGAAUCUGAGCUAAAUUUGAUUGAAAAAUUAACUGAAGAGCGUAAAUCGAUGGUGGUAGGAUUAGCGUCAUCGACACCAAGCAGUAAUCAUAACGUAUCGUCCAUAGCAGCGGCCACAACGACAAUUAUUUCGGUUGCGCGAGCAACGGAAGUGCGCGAUCGGGAACAGUAUGGACAUACAGUACAUGUGCACGGUACUACCGGUAGCAGUAACAGAGAGCGAGAACACAUCCCUGUGGAGGUUGCCGGCAAACAAACGUCCGAUUCUAUUCAUCCGUUGCAGCGCACGAUGCCAGCCGCUGCUACAGGAAUCUCCGGUAGCGCUGGAUCUUUGCAUCCUCCACCACCGGCAGCAGUUGGAUCUAACCCCGCAACUGUACCUCACGCGCCUGUGAAACAAGGUUCUGGUAGUUCGUCUAGAUCGGCACAACGAAAGUCUCGCGAGAAUCGAACACGGUCACAGGAGUGGCCCGAAAUACCGGACAUCGGCAAGAUCGAGGAAAACAAUCCUGAAAUUCUUGCACAAAAAAUCCUAGAAACUGGCAGGCAGAUCGAAGCAGGUAAACUUCUUGCAGCCGGUAAACAUUCGGCAAAAGAGCGAACCAAUGAUGGUAAACAUGCUAGCAUGGCUCCAGCGCACGGAUCUCAAGCAAUGGUUGGAACGGCACCGGCACCCAUACAACUGACGUCUCAACAACCAUCAGGUGUGGUAGCGAGUUCUCAAGCGUUCCCCCAUCAUCAGCAAUCACAACCACCGCUGCAUUCUCAUCUGCAUCAUCCAGAUGCGGCGCUGAUGCCUGCUCCCGCUUCUACUAUUAACAAAGCACACCUUAAUCAUCGUGGCAACAGUGGUAGCUCUGGCGGGCUUCCACCCGCUGUCGUCGUGUCGUCGAUACCGACGAGCAGUGGUGGAUCGCUUCCGAAGUGUUAUGUACCUGGGUCCACCUCUAAUGAACUUCACGGUGGUGUAGGCCGUAACACAUCAGAAGGGUCUGGUGGUACUGGCGGUGGAGGACGUAGCAGUGGAAAGUUGCACGAUUCACACAAGGUGGUCAACUUUGAGGAUCGUCUCAAGAGUAUUAUCACCUCCGUACUGCAGGGAUCUCCAAAAACAGGAAACUCGGGAACGGGUUUGGCUCCUACAGCGAGUACACCGCUGGUAACUGUACCUCCAUCUUCGGGUUCAUCUACCGGUGUUGGUCAGCGUGAGGGCCAUCAUCGCAGUGGAAGCGGAGGACAUCAGUCCGUAAUGGUAGAUUCUCUUGGAUCGCCGUUAAAAUCAGCUACGUCUGCGGUCGGUGGGUAUGGGACUCCAGCGACGGGUUCAGCAAAGACGACAGUUUAUCUUCAGUCUUCACCGGGAGCUGGAUCUCAUCAUCAGCAUCAAAUGAUGACCGCCCAUGAUAUGUCUGCCCGUGCGACGUCGGGCGGAAGAGGCCCAAGCCCUUCGGCUCAUCAUCCCUCGCAUCAACAGGUACACCAUCAUCAACAACAACAGCAUGUGCAGGUUAGUCAAUCACAGUAUCAACAGCAGCAACUGUCCCAUCACUCGCACCAUCCUCAUGCGCAACAAUCCCUUCAUCAUCAACAGCAGCACCAGCAAUUCCAGAUGCAGCAGCAACAACAGGGAAUGUUAAAUGUUAUCACCAGUGCCGCACACCAUUUGAACACCAGUACCUCGAUUUCGACCUCACCUGUGCCAACGUCUCCGUACAAAAUGCAUCCCACCGGACCGAUACCGGCAAGUAGUAGUGCCAUGGUUGGCAAUCCUUCUGCGAAGAUCUCACCUAGUUCGAAGUAUCCCUAUUCGAAGGGUUCAUCGGUAACUGGGAUGAGCCACCAUUCGCCAGGAUCGUCGGUUAUGAGCACGCAUCAGCAAAUCAUCCAGCAGCAGGAACGCGAACGGGAACGUGUGUUACUUUAUGCGGCCGCCGCACAUGGCGGAGGGCUGCCGAUCGAUCAUCCACACCACCCCUUACAUCAGCAUCAUCAUCGUGGUAUACCGACGUCCAUGGGUGAUGGAAAAAUGCUAGAAUUUAAGGCACCGGAAAAUUUCCGUUACGAUCCUCGGGCAACUAGCAGCAAUACGCCAGGCAAUGCACCGCCGAUGCUCGACACAUCGGCGGUUAGCUUACAGAGCCAUUCUCGUAGCUCAUCUACCAACUCACUCGAUAGCAUACCGACUGCCGAUUAUGGAACAGCGUCCUCCUCAGUGGGUAGUAGUGGGGUACGUUACGGUGGCCAACAGCAACCCAUCCCUCUGGUGACGCACUCACCCGGUGUUGGAUCUCAAGGAUCUUCGGCGCAGCAGGGUGGCAAUAAUUCCCGACCCGGUUCGACAUCGUCCCAGCCAGACUACACGCAAGUAUCACCGGCGAAGAUGGCCCUUCGAAGGCAUUUGUCACAAGAGAAAUUAACCCAUCCAUCGGCUGGCGGUACUGCAGGUGGUCCAACAGGUGGCGCAGGUAGUGGGUUGGGCACAGUUAAAACGAUUGGCGAUUUAGUGAACGGGGAGAUCGAACGCACGUUGGAGAUCUCGAAUCAGUCAAUCAUUAACGCUGCAAUCAACAUGUCGUCUCAUCAGCAGCAGCCGCCAUCGGCUGCGUCCGGAAAUGCGACGGGUCCAUCUGGUGGCAAUACGGUCAUUAACACGAACGUGCAACGUCCCGAGCGUGUCAGUAUUCGUCUGAUGGAAGAGGCAGGACACGUAGCAGCAGGUGGCCCACCACCGCCGGGCAGCAGUGGCGGAACAUACAGUCCCAUCUCCAGACCGGGAAGUGUCGGAGACAAUAGUAGCAAGUCGCCCGUCCAUCAUCUACACGGUCAAAGCAACUUAGCUUCGCUCGUACAGGUUGCGGCAUACAAUCCGAAAGCAGUGAACCAUAAGGGAUCGAUUGGAAGCUCCGCAACCGUACCGAGUUCCAUCGUAUCGCCGCAUGGUUCUUCGCAACGGCAAUACUCACCGGCCCCGGGUAGUAGUAGCGUUGCAGCUGGAGGACCCGGAGUUGUUUACCAGCAGUCAACUUCUCGUGCGCACGAUCGUCAUCAUUCGAGUGAUGCACUACCCUACAUGGCAUUGCCCCGAGCGGACAUGAAACCAUAUCUCGAGUCGUACUUCACUGACGAGCAUAACAAGCGUCAGCAACAGUUGCACCACCAGCAGCAACAGCAGCUGCAACAUCCAGUCCAAUUGUCUUCACCAUCCUCGAUGGGCCACCAUCAUCAUCAACAGCAGCACCCGUCACUUGCCAUGCACCGCAGUAACCACCCGGUGGAUCUACACCGCGGUCCAGUGGUGAUGAGUGAGCCAGGAAUGAUGUCACGCUCGCGCGGCGAAAUCGUUCCAAUCGAUGAAAGCAGAAUGGAUCGCUUAAAUGGUGGACAACCACUGGAAGGACUUGCAGCGUCCUUGCAGGCACGCGUAAUCGCCACACUGAAGAUCAAGGAAGAGGAUGAAGAGCGUCACCGGCGUGAUCUGGGCGUUCAUCACAGUACUUCCGGUACUAAUCACAGUAGCAGUAACAGCAACAGUACCAAUAGCAAUAUCCACGCAGGAAGCCUUCAGAUAGUACAAACUGCACACAUUAAGUCUGAGAAAUACACCUCAUCAUCAUCCGCAUCAUCCACAUCAUCCUCGUCCUCGACGUCGUCUCAUCAUCAACACGCCCUGAAACGUACCUCACCGAUCGUGGAACAUCCGCCUGGUACUCGUCCACCAAAGAUGCUCUACACAACUUCAUCCAGUGCGGUCGGAAUCGACUGCCCUGAACCGGAUAUGCUGCACGUACCCCGCGGUGCAUCUAAUAGUAUCGUCGGUCACACCGGCAGUGUCCGUGGCGGAUUGCUCGUAGCACCGCCGCUAGUAAUGAGCCCAGAAAUAAACUCUCUGGUCGAUGAUGGCCGACAUCAUCAUCAGUUACACGUGCGCCACAGUCACCAUUCGCGCAACGACGUUGACGAUGAUGUGGUCGGUGACGAUGAGUCAAGCUGGCACGAUCGCGUCAGUUCCGGGUUCGACCGGCUGGUGGCGUUCGCUUCAACCGAGCUGGAUAAAACGCGGCGCUCGAACGAGGACGUACCACCGUCAUCGGCAAGCUGUACGACCUCGCCCGACAGUGGCAUCAAUCAGAGCGAUCACAGUCGAACGUUUCUGUCGUCUUCGUCUUCAUCGUCUCAGCUGGACGUACCGCCGAGCAGUGCUAGUGCGGGCAGUAGCAGCAGCAGUAGUAUUAGCAGUAGCAGCAGUAACAGCAGCACCAGCAGUAUAGGCAGCGUGUCCGGUGGUCAUGGAGUUGGACACGGGCAUCACGUGGGUGGUAGCGGUGGCAACACCGUGGUUGCUGGUGGUUUAAUGAUGAAGCACAUGGUGCCGAUCAUCAAGUCAUCGCCCGCCGAACCCGUCGACAGUCCGCCACUGUCGGACGUGGGUUUACCGCGUACACCGAGUCCUACAUCAAGUCCUCCGCUUCUAUUCGGGCAUUCGACCACGAGUAACACCACUAUUGUAGGAGCAGCAAGCACAGGAGCAGUGUUACAACCGACAGUCCUGUUACAUCCGCCCGGCAAUGGUGGUGGUAAUAAUGUUGCGCCAACAGGCACGGUCCAACCUGCCAACAACAGUACCAACAGUUUGGGCAUCCCGCUAAAGUACCAGCGGCAGUCAAAAUCGUCCUCCGCUUCGUCCGAGAAACACUACAAGAAAAAGUUCCGCGAACGCAACUGGGAGGAGUACGAGGAAAGUUUGAGCGGUGGGCGUAACAGUGCCAUAAGUGUCGGGGAACCGAUGGAACAGCAGGAUUAUUCAGUCGCUAGUGCUACUACUACUGCUGUUGCUGGAAGGCCUCACCGGCCGGGAUCGUCCAACAAUCUCAACAUUCUACCAACGGAGUCGAAUCCUGCGGCUUCCGUCACGGCCGUGCCAAAUGAAGGAGGAGGUGCUACUCGUGGAGAUAACGAUGAUCACCUUUCGCACCAUCAGCAGCAACAUCAUCACAAGCAUAAAUCGGCCAAAUUUCGACCUAAGGGCAAAGACUGGAACUGGGACGACGAGCAUUCGAACGCGUCGUCCGGAUCGGCGACCGGUUCGACGCGGACCAGUCGUGGAUCGGCGGGAGGCAGCAAUACAAACCCGACCUGA